CAAAGACUAAACAGGGAUUAUAUCAUGAUGGUUGUGCACAGUAGUACGUAGUUUUAUUAUUAUCAUGCAUAAGACCGUCACACUAAAUACCCUGCAUCUGCAUAUCAACCUAUGACACCACCGCAACAGUAACCAAAACAAAAAGCAACAUCAACCAGAAAUCUGAAACAAAACAACAUACAAUCAAUAUCCAAUUUCAGCCUUACUAACAUGUAUAUUUCUGGAGCAACAACUUCUUUUUGCUCUUCUAGACUCGGUCUCGAACAAGAGGAGACACGGAAGGUAAAAAAAUAGAGAGAUCACAUCUGACCCGACAGUUGACUAGUUGCAUGCAUAUGCACGUGCAGGGCCAUGCGAGGAAUCAGAUCUCGCCAGGUGGUUCCAAAACGGACUUUACCGAACCAGAGCACCAUGGAAAAGGGCCUGUCAGCCUGCAGAUACAAAGGGGGGAAGGGGACGAGAUCAUCCUUCUCUGCAGGGGCGGUGCGGAUCAGUGGCGUAAUGCGUUCGACCGGUCCUGUAUGAAAUUCAGAGCCCGGUCGAGCCCAUGCAGAAUGGUGGCGACAUUCCUUUUUCUUCUUUUUUUAUUGUUCUUUUUCAAGGUGGAUACAUCACAUAUACUUUGUACUCAGGCUGCGUUGGAGGGCUUCGUGCGACGAACCAUUAGUGACUGUGACUUUGACAGCGGCAGCUCCGUUGCAGGUCUCGAACGGGGUGGAGACAGCACAAUCCAGAUGUCAUGCUGUCGUCUGUGACACCUUGAUGACAAGGGAAUAAAUAUGAUGUUGCCAUGGUUGCUUCAGGGGCCCUUGUCAAUAGAAAAUUGAUAGAUCGUGUGGCUUGACGUUG